GUUCUACUUGAACGUAGCGGCGCCAAUCACGCAGAAAAUGUAGCGUUUACAUCACCUUGCUUUGCUUGAAAAGUUCGCAUUUUCUUUACGGCAGCAAGAAUAGGAUGGCUGAAUUAAAUGGUAUCUAAACUUUCGAUUGAUCUUAUGUAUCAAUGUAAAUAGACGGUUAGAAAAGACAUUCGACACGAGAUCCCAUGACUGCGAUGACUUGCAAGUGGAAUGGAUUAUUUAACGUUGGGGAUGACUUCGAUGAUGAGGAUCUACUUGAGAUAAACUGGUCCGUUCCAUCCGUGUCUGCUAGCACAGUGUCCUCUGCAGCACAGUCCUGUUUCCUCCGUUCUUCAACUGCAGCCUCAACUCCUGCUGCUCCCUAUGGCCAGAAAAACUCAAACCAACCAUCCACAGAAGGCAUACCUGCCCAUAGGUGCCUGUUGAAUUGCCCAGGGUCAGAAAACACAACACCGACCACUGUAGGACAGUGUGCUGCUUUGGGUUUGAGACGGCUCUCUACAUCUAAACCACUGCCCACAUUCCCUCCUCCCCCUCUCCACCUUCCUACUCUGAGUAGGGGACCAUGUACAGUUCCCCAACAGAGCUCAGCACCAGCUCAACAGAUUCAUUCAAAAACUACAGGACAGCAAGAGGCCCCCUUGCCGCAGGAUGACUUUGAUGAUUGGGAUGUUGACUUGGCAGACCUGGAUGAAAGUGAUCCACAGAUGAGGACUUGGGCUCAGGUCCGAGAAACCGCUCCAGCUGCAGCCCCAUAUCUAACCAAGCCCAGCGAUGACUCUGUAUCCCCAGCCAAAAGACUACGGCCCUCAGCCUGUGGUGGGGCUCAAACUGGGCCCAAUGUGGGUCUGAGAGGAUUCAGUACCUCAAACCAAAUGUCUGGUCUUCCCAGUAGUAAUAUACCCCACAGGUCCUCAUUCCCUGGCCCUGGUCUAAGUGCUGCUUUCCUCCCAGCUCCACCCCAGAGCCCAGUGUUUCCUGGCCUGACCAUGGCCUCCUCCCCCUUCUCCAGCCCCUUCCCCAGGUCUGUGACACCCAGGCCAGUCAGAGGGCCUCCUUCCCAGAUACAGAGGCCCUGGGCUACUCCUCUGGCUCAGGGAUGUAGCCUGUUUGACCCCAUCUCCCCAGCCCCCUCUAGUAGGUUUGGCGGACCCAUGCCCUCCCCCAGUCUCACCCCCCGUUCCCUCCACACGCCCGUCUUCACUAACCACCUGGUCCAGCUGGUGUCCAACUCCAACAAGACCCCCCAGAGACCCCGUUCUGACCACACCCGGCCCAAUACCCGCCGCUUCCCCGGCCCUGCAGGAAUGCUGCCACAACAGCAGCUCCACGGGCAGAGCCUGGAUGACAUUGUGGUGGCCAUUCCUCAGACACCUGCACAUGGGGCUGUGGCUCGACUGCCCAGUCAGGUUCCCAGCUCUCAGACUGAGGAAGAGGAUUUCAGUGGAGGUCCGUGGGCAGCGAUGAAGGCGGAGAUGGGGUUGGACGAAAGGAACACCUCCUGUUUUCUGCACUCUUACAGCGUGGCCAUGGUACUCCGCAAGGCGGCCCUGAAACAGCUGGCGAAGAACAAGGUCCCCAACAUGGCUGUGGUACUAAAGAGCAUCCUCCACACACACGCUGAUGCCAAGGCUGUGUUCGGGGAUCCCACAGGAGAGAUGCAGGGCACAGUGCACCGGCGCCUCCUAGAGGACAGACUAGGGGAGCUCAAGACGGGGGCUGUACUGCUGCUCAAACAGGUGGGUGUGUUCUCUCCGUCCCAUCGUAACCACUACCUGAACGUGACGCCCAACAACCUCCUGAGGAUCUACCCCCCCGACGGCUCCACCCUGUCCUCCACACAGACCCAGCUGCUCCCACCUGACCUGGAGCCUCUGUUGGCAUCACCUGAUCAGUCCUCCAGUGUUCCAGGAGCCCUUGUGUCUCAGAUGGAGUUGUUCUAUGAUGAUGAUGAAGAGGAGGUGAUUGGGGCCCCAAAGGACUCAGCAGACUCUGGAGCUGACUCCACUAGUGAUCCCCAGGGCCCCCCUGCUGCUGCACCACAGGAUCCGUCCUGGGACGCAGAUGGCCUUGAUGAGCUUCUUGGGGAGUUGCCUGUUGAGUCCUACUGCCUCUGACACCUGCCCACCUACCCCAUACGGAUAAGGUACAUUUAUAUAGGGGAGAUGCUGGACAACUACACCGUCACUUACAUGUGAAUUUGAGUUUGGCGCAUUCUGACCGCACGUUGGAUGCCUUUCUACCCGAUUCUCCCAGAGAAUUUUGUUGCCUAAUGUGCUAUCAUUUUGUGUUUGUGCUGUGACCAUUAAUCGCACCGGUAUAAAUGACAUGUCAGCCAUGUGGGGUAAAACUUGGAGGUGCUGGUAACUGGGACUGUCGCUCCCACGUCUCCCCAAUUUGAGUGAAGCUUCACUACCCCUACUGCUGCGGACACAUCCCAUGGACACAGUCAUCCCCCUGUUUGAAGACCUGCUGGCUGAUGUUUCGUCUUUAUUUUUUUUCUUCAUUGAUUUUACUUCACAGUGCAGACUCCUCUAAAUCAUAGCUAACUACUAUGUGCACAUAAUGUCUUGUAAAAUAUGUAUAUAUUAAAGAAGACUUCUGUUCAAUAAUACACGUUACACAACUGAAAAUGGUCUCCAUUGAUUUUAUUGUCUCUAAUUUGCUCUAUUUGGAGUGAUUGUAAAUUAGAAUGCAUGAGAAUGCACUUAAUAAUAGGAACAGUAUAUGGAAAAUCAAGAAUUACAAUGAAAUGUCCAUUAAACUCUGGCUUGCUUGAUCUA